CUUCACUCUUUCUUCCUUACUUUCCCUUCUAAGAACACUCCCUUAGAAAAAGAACCUUUGUUCUUUCAACAUGAAUACAUCUUCAUUUCAUUUUCAUACCCAAACCCAUCAUAUAAUCUUUCUUAUAUGCAUGACAUUUUUCUUACAAUCUUCUUAUUGUUCAUCAUCAUCAUCUUCUUCCCCUAUAACAGAUGCAGAAUCUUUACUAUCAUUCAAGAAAAUGAUUGAUAGUGAUCCAACCAAAGUGUUAGAAAACUGGGAAAUGACCAAAAAUUCUCCUCUUUGUUCAUGGCAAGGUGUAAACUGUUCAUCUAAUGGCCGUGUAGCUCAAAUAGACCUAAAUUGGCGUUUUCUUAGAGGAAAUAUCACUUUUGAACCCUUUAAUUCUUUAGAUAUGUUAGUUUCCUUAGAUUUAUCAGGAAAUUCUUUUGAUAUAAACUCAUCUUCCCUUCUUAAUCUUCCCCUUUCUAUUGAACAAAUUCACCUUUCUUCUUCUGGGAUUCAAGGUGUUCUUCCUAUGAACUUCAUCAACUCAUACCCAAAUCUAAAUUAUGUUGAUCUUUCUAGUAAUAAUCUAACUGGGUUUUUGUCAAAAGAUUUUCUAAGUUCAAAUAAUAAUCAUAAACUUCAGUUUCUUGAUUUGUCUGCUAAUAGAAUUUAUGGGUCACUUCUAUUUUUAGAAGUUGCUGCUAAUUUUUGUUCUGGUCUUCAAAGUUUGAAUCUUUCUAUUAAUCAGUUUAGUGGGAAGAUUUCUCCUUAUGUGGGUAGUUUAGUUAGUAUACAAAUAUUAGACCUUUCUCAUAACUAUCUUGCAGGUUCUAUACCUGGGGAAAUAUGGCAGUCUUGUGGGUCCCUUACUGAACUUCAUUUGGCUUAUAACAAUUUGUCUGGUGUGAUUCCGGAAGAAUCUUUAUCAUCCUGUAAAUGGCUGCAGAUUCUAGACCUUUCUAAUAAUAAUCUUUCUGGGCCUUUCCCAGGACAGGCCUUACAGGGUCUGCAGUCUCUUGAAAUGUUGUUGAUGAGCAAUAAUGUGAUUACAGGUCCCUUUCCGGGAUCUGUAUCGACGUGUGCAAAGUUAGCAGUCGUUGAUUUCAGCUCGAAUAGGCUGUCGGGAGCGAUUCCCCCUGACUUGUGCUCAGGGGAAUCGCUCCUCGAGGAGCUCAGGCUGCCUGAUAACCUUAUAACAGGGAGAAUUCCUCCUGAGUUGGGGGAGUGUUCGAGUUUGAAAACGGUCGAUUUUAGUUUGAACUAUCUGAAUGGGACUAUUCCUGGUGAGAUUGGGAAGUUGGGGAAUCUUGAGCAGUUUUUUGUUUGGUAUAAUGGGUUGCAAGGUGAAAUACCUCCAGAACUUGGGCAAUGUAGUAAGUUAAAGGAUCUAAUACUGAACAAUAAUCGAUUAACCGGAGAGAUACCGAAAGAAUUGUUCAAUGUAAGUAAUUUAGAGUGGAUUUCCCUGACUUCAAAUCAACUUACAGGACAAAUCCCAAAAGAGUUUGGACAGUUGCAAAGGCUGGCUGUAUUGCAGCUUGGGAAUAACCUUUUUAAUGGGGAAAUUCCAAGGGAAUUGGGAAGUUGUAGGACAUUAGUAUGGCUUGAUUUGAACAGUAAUAAUCUAAGUGGUGAAAUCCCAGGAAGGCUAGGAAGACAGCAAGGGAAUCCCAAGUUGUAUGGGAUUUUAUCAGGAAAUACACUGGUAUUUGUUAGAAAUGUAGGGAAUACUUGUAAAGGGGUGGGGGGUUUGCUAGAGUUUGCUGGGAUUCGAUCGGAGAGGCUGAAUCAAGUACCAGCAUUGAAGAACUGUGACUUUACUAGAAUGUACUCGGGACCGAUCCUAAGUUUGUUUACACAGUAUCAAACAUUGGAGUAUCUUGAUCUAUCUUAUAAUGAACUUCAUGGGAAAAUCCCAGAUGAAUUUGGUGAUAUGGUAGCAUUGCAAGUACUAGAGAUAUCCCACAAUCAAUUAUCUGGUGAAAUCCCAGCAACACUUGGGCGAUUGAAGAAUUUGGGUGUUUUUGAUGCCUCAUACAAUAGGCUUCAAGGAAAUAUCCCUGAUUCGUUUUCGAAUCUUUCGUUUUUGGUGCAGAUUGAUCUGUCAAAUAACCAAUUGACAGGACAGAUUCCGCAAAGAGGACAGCUGAGUACGCUGCCGGCCACACAGUACGCUAACAAUCCGGGUCUUUGUGGGGUGCCGUUGCCUGAAUGUAGAGACGAAAGCGCAGGGAGCAGUGGGGUGGGAGACAGUGCAGGGAACGAGAAAAGAUCAGGUCGAUCACCGUUCACGAACAGCAUUGUGCUAGGCGUGUUGAUCUCUGCUGCAAUCGUGUGUGUUUUGAUGGGUUGGGGUGUUGCAAUGCGGUCAAAAAGACGAGAGAAAGAAGAUGCGAAGAUGCUGCACAGUCUGCAAGCAGGGGACGCAGCAACGACAUGGAAGAUCGACAAAGAGAGAGAACCGUUGAGCAUAAAUGUAGCUACUUUUCAGAGGCAGCUAAGAAAGCUGAAGUUCUCACAACUGAUAGAGGCGACAAAUGGGUUUUCUGCAGCAAGUAUGAUCGGAUGUGGAGGAUUCGGAGAAGUGUUUAAGGCGACAUUGAAGGAUGGAUCAAGUGUUGCGAUAAAGAAGUUAAUAAGGCUUAGUUAUCAAGGAGAUAGGGAAUUCAUGGCGGAGAUGGAAACCUUAGGAAAGAUCAAACAUAAGAAUCUAGUCCCUCUGUUGGGAUACUGUAAGGUAGGAGAGGAAAGGCUACUUGUUUACGAGUUCAUGGAGUAUGGUAGUUUAGAAGACAUGCUACAUGGUAGAGCAAAAGGGAAAGAUCGGAGAAUAUUGACAUGGGAAGAACGAAAGAAGAUUGGUCGAGGAGCAGCCAAGGGUCUUUGUUUCCUUCACCAUAAUUGCAUUCCUCAUAUCAUACAUCGCGAUAUGAAAUCUAGCAAUGUUUUGUUAGACCAUGAGAUGGAGGCUAGAGUGUCCGAUUUUGGGAUGGCACGACUCAUUAGUGCCCUCGAUACUCACUUGAGUGUUAGCUCACUUGCGGGUACUCCAGGGUAUGUUCCACCCGAGUACUAUCAGAGUUUUCGGUGCACUGCAAAGGGUGAUGUCUACUCAUUUGGUGUUGUGUUGUUAGAACUCCUCACUGGGAAAAGGCCAACCGAUAAGGAUGAUUUCGGAGACACUAACUUAGUCGGCUGGGUCAAGAUGAAGGUUCGACAAGGAAAAGGAAUGGAAGUUAUUGAUUCCGACUUACUUAUUGACACUCAAAAAACCGACGAAGCUGAAGCCGAGCAAGUCAAAGAGAUGGUUCGAUACUUAGACAUCACUAUGCAGUGUGUCGACGAUUUCCCUUCCAAAAGGCCCAAUAUGCUGCAGGUUGUCGCCAUGUUACGCGAGCUCGUGCCUGGAUCAUCCAGCUCCAGCCAUAGUACCUAAUCCAAUCGAAUCGAGUCGCCUUUUUUUGCUCAGAUCAUUCUGCUCUUGGACUGCAACCAAGAAAGAUUGUUCACUUUUUUUUCUUGUAUUAAAGCUUCAAGAUUAUAUUUUCUCACUUUUGUCUGAUCAUUAGAAAUUAUCAAGUUUAGUAAAAAUGUCAAACUUUGAAUAUUAGAUAAAAAAAAUGUGUCAUAACAGUGUGUAAAUGGUGCAAAAUCUGACUAUGUAAAUACUCUUAUAUAUGUAAAAUCACCAUUUGAUUGAUUAUUUUUUGCUCUCCCCUUCCAAGGGGAAAUAGGA